AUGUCCACCAAAAUAUCACAAACAGUGGGAGCUAUCAAGAAUCUAGGGAGGCAUUGUCCCCCGGACACCAAAGAGGGGCAACAGCUCAGGAUGACUGAAGCCUACAGUCCUUCAGAAGAGGAAUUGUCAUCAUUUCUCAUCAUCUUACUUUUAACAGUUAUAGGCACUGAGUGCAUCAUUGGUAUUCUUGCAAAUGGGUUCAUCGCGGGUAUAAACGCAGCUGAAUGGGUCCAGAAUAAGGUAGUUUCCACGAGUGGCAGGAUCCUGUUUUUCCUAAGUGUAUCCAGAAUAGCUCUUCAAAUCUUCAUGAUGCUAGAAAUUACCUUCAGCUCAACCUCUCUAAGUUUUUACUAUGAAGAUGCUGUGUAUGAUGCAUUCAAAAUAAGCUUCCUGUUCUUAAAUUUUUGUAGCCUGUGGUUCGCUGCCUGGCUCAGUUUCUUCUACUAUGUGAAGAUUGUCAAUUUCUCCCACCCCCUCUUCCUCCAGCUGAAGUGGAGAAUUUCUGCACUGAUGCCCUGGCUUCUGUGGCUAUCAGUGUUCAUUUCCCUCAGCCAUGGCCUGCUCUUCUACAAAGACAUCUACACCGUGUAUUGCAAUAAUUCUUUUCCUAUCCCCUCCUCCAACUCCAGGAAGAAAAAAUACUUCUCUGAGACCUAUGUGGUCAACCUGGCUUAUUUCUAUAACCUGGGGAUCUUGGUUCCUCUGAUCAUGUUCAUCCUGGCAGCCACCCUGCUGAUCCUCUCUCUCAAGAGACACACCCUACACAUGGGAAGCAAUGUCACCGGCUCCAGGGACUCCAGCAUGGAGGCUCACGUGGGCACCAUCAGAGCCACUAGCUAUUUCCUCAUUCUCUACAUUGUUAAUGCAGUGGCUCUAUUUCUCUAUAUAUCCAACAUCUUUGAUGUCUACAGUUUCUGGACUAUUUUGUGCAAAAUCAUCAUAGCUGCCUACCCUGCUGGUCACUCAGUUCUACUGAUUCAGGACAGUCCUGGGCUGAGAAGAGCCUGGAAUGGCUUCGGCCUCAAGUUCAUCGUUACCUGA